AUGUUAAAAAAUGAGAAUGAAAGAAUUUUUGUGGAAUCUAAAGAGUGUGAAGCAGGUAUAAGAUUACUAAAAAGCUUAUCAAGGGAGCUAGCAAAACAAAAUGGGAGUGUUCAAAGGAAGAAAGAAGGAAUAAUUUUAGCAAUGAUGGGAAUUUUGGAAAGAAAUAGACAAAAAUUAAUAAGAGAAUCUAGAGAUCAGUUAUUGAAUUUAAAGACGAAAAUAAUAUGUGAAAAUGAAAAACAAUUUACAAAAAAAAGGACGGAAAAAAGUAACGGAAUAAAGAAUAAUGUGGAAGAAAAGGAAAAAAAGAAGGAAAUAAGAAAAAAACUAAGUGAAUCAAAAUUGGUAUAUGCAGAAGUAUAUGAUGAAAACAAUUGCCAAGAAAGGAUUAUUAUAGAAAUAGAAAAUGGGAGGAAUGAAGCAGGAUCUUGGGAAGAUCCAAUUCCAAGCAAUAAUGGCGUUCCGUAUGAUCACUUUGAGAGAAGAAUAUUUGAUAAAUAUAUUGAUUAUUGGAGGAAUUCCAAAUUAUUAGUUCCAUUUUCAACAUGGUUAGGUGAAGAAAGGAUUGAAAGAAGAUCAACAUCAAUAAUGAAUUUUGAAUUAAUCGAAGAAAAUAAUAAUGUAAGUUGUAAGAGCAUUCAAGAAGCAAUUUACAGAAUAAGAAGAUUUGAACAAGAUUUUCAAGCAAUACCAAAAGAAAUUGUGUUUCCAUUAAUAGAAAAAGGAAUAUUAAUAAAUAACUCCAAGAAUAUGUUGAAUAACUGUUAUGGUAACAAUAGAAGUGACUAUUAUAAUGUUAGUAAUCGUUCGGAAUUUAAUAGAGCAAAAAUAAAAAGUCAAGACAAUAUUGAAGUAAAUAUGUUAAGUUCAUUAUCUUCAUUUAAAGUACCUCAGAGUUUGUUUUUCUCAAUGGUGAUUAAUGAUCACGAAAAUAGAAUUCAUGAUAAAUCCAACAAACUAGAAGAAAUAAAUAGUGAAAAAAUCACAAGUUUGGUUAGUAAUGACAAUGAUUCUCCUCCAGAAAAGGAUAUGAUAGGUAAAAAGCAGUGCAAUUGUGAUUUUUAUAAGUUAAGACAGAAAUUUAUUGAAGAAUACAAUUUAUAUAAUCUUAUUGGAACUAACUCUAAUUUUGAAAAAUUAGAUCAUUCACUGGAAAGUAAUUUAAGAUUAUGGAUGGGUGCUUAUUAUUUACCACGUAAUGAUAAGAGGACUCGGGGUGGUGAAGAUGGAUGGUUUGUAUCCGAGGAUUUACAAAGUAUGGGAGUAGCUGAUGGUGUUGGAGAAUGGGAGGAUUUAUCAGGAAAAAGUGCUCGAAUGUUCUCGAAUUCUAUAAUGAGGAAUUCGCUUCAAUAUAUUAAAAACAAUCGUGAUAAAAAACUAGGUAAUCCUUCAGUUUUAGCAAAAAACUCACUAAAAGAAGGCCUUGGUAAUUGUCAAAAGAAUGGUGUACAUGGAGCAAGCACUGCAUUAGUAGCUUGUUUUGAUCAUUAUUCUGGAACUAUUGGAUUUGCUAAUAUGGGAGAUAGUGGAGCUCUAGUUUUGAGAAGAUUACAAUUUGAUACAGGAAAGUUAGAGAUCGUUAGAAGAGUUAAGGAAAUGCAACAUGAAUUUAAUUGUCCAUAUCAAUUUGCAACGCUUCCUCCUGAAAAUGAAUGGCCCGAAUUACUUGAAAAAGGAUAUCACGAUAUUGUAAGACUUGCCAAGAUUGAGAAAAAAAACAAAGAAGAGCCAAAUAAUAUUAACUUUGAGGAUUCAAUACAAUUAGCUUGUGAUGAUCCUGAGUUAUCACAGUUAUUAGAAGUUCCAUUAAAGGAAGGUGAUAUGGUUAUUCUUGGCACAGAUGGUCUUUUUGAUAAUUUAUUCGAUUUUGAAAUUACUAGCAUUUCUGGUUUAUCAUUUUCUCCAAUUGAAUCAAAGCUCUUUUAUAAUUGUUUAGAUUAUACCACAACACCUAUGGUGAUAGCAAAAUCAAUUGCUUUAUCAGCAUAUUAUAAAUCUCUUGAUCCAUACUCGAAAACUCCUUUUGCAAACCAGGCAAAAAGAUUCUAUAGUGGUGGAAGAAACUCACUUUUUGAUAUUCAAUCAUUUUCUGGAGGUAAAGAAGAUGAUAUUUCUGUCUUGGUUGCGUGGGUUGUUCAUAAGAAUGACUUUGAGACUUUGACAAAAAAUUCUCCUCAUUACUGCGAUAUUUCAAAAAAGUUAUAA